UGCCGGUGGCAGAUAUCAAAGCUGUGGUGACGGGAAAGGACUGCCCUCAUAUGAAAGAGAAAGGUGCCCUUAAACAAAACAAGGAGGUGCUUGAACUUGCUUUCUCCAUCUUGUAUGACUCAAACUGCCAAUUGAACUUCAUUGCUCCUGACAAGCAUGAGUACUGCAUCUGGACAGACGGGCUGAAUGCACUGCUUGGGAAAGACAUGAUGAGCGAACUCACGCGGAAUGACCUGGACACACUGCUCAGCAUGGAGAUCAAGCUCCGCCUGCUAGACCUGGAAAACAUCCAGAUCCCCGACGCACCUCCCCCGAUCCCUAAGGAGCCUAGCAACUACGACUUUGUCUAUGACUGUAACUGAAGUGGCAAGGCCCAGAAACACCCCUCCAAAACUGGAAAAUCUAGCUAACAGGAGAGAAGGGAACAUUCCCGCGCCUUGGAACCAUCUUUUGGUGGAGGGAAAAUUGCAGAUCAACCCUACCUUUGGCCUUACCUGUAGUCCCAGCUUUGUUCAACCCCUGGUAUCUUACCCACCUCCCUAAAUCUGCCAGAUUCACUGCUUUGGAAUACUGGUUCACUGCAGUUCAGUGGUGGGUACAAGCAAAACCACCUCUAAUAAGAGAGCCAAAGGGCCCUUCCAUCCUAUCCUCUACCAGGCAUGUCCCUCCUUCAUGGAGCAGGAAAGCCAGCACCCCCAACCUACCCCAAAACUUGCCCACCAAACCAAGAUGAAUGCCCAAGGCCUGUGUCUGGAAGACACAGCUACCUAAAGAGAAGACCAAACGCCACAUCCUUCUUUCCCUUCUCUCUAGGCUCAGCUCACACCACCAAGUUCCAUUUGAGUUGAGAACCACUUUCAGAUCUCUUCCCUCUCCCUUCCCCGUGCCCUGAUUCUCUCCGGUCCCAAGAGCAGCAGCAGCAGCCUCAUCAUAGUCCUCGCCAGCAUCAGGUUCCCCCAAACGGUCCACAGAGCCCAUACCUGCUCCGUGUCUGCACUGUGACCUUGACCCACUUCCCUCCAUGCUAGCUAGUCUUGGGCUUCCUGUCCCUUUCCCAGCCCAGACCUUUCAUUUCCACACACACUCCCAGCCUCUUAGCAGAAAGCACAAAUGAAACCAGUAGUCAUGCUCAAUCUCUAAUAGACUAAACCUAAACGCCUCUAUGACCGGCUGUUGCUACCCAAGGGUUUGUUGUCACCUUCUCCUGGGGGCUCCUGCUGCAACCCAGGUUCCACAGGAUGGUCAAGCUGUCAGACAUCCAAGUUUACAUCGUUGUAAUUAUUACAAGUAUUUACAAUUUGCAAGGAUUUUGGGUUAUUUUUUUUGCUUUGUUUUUUGUACAAAAGAGUCUAACAUUUUUUGCCAAACAGAUAUAUAUUUAAUGAAAAGAAGAGAUACAUAAAUGUGUGUACUUCCCAGUUUUUUUUUAAUUAUUUUAACCCCAAACAUCUUCCUGAAAAUAACAUUCCCUUAAACAUGCUGUGGAAUAAAAUUAACUGUGAUGAGU